AUGAGAAAGCUUUCCAUCUCGUCCUUUCAAGUCCAGCCGGGUUGGGUGACCACCAACGACGAGCGGCGAUGCUUUGCCUAUUUCCAACGCUAUUCUCUACCAAACUUAGGGCUCGCUUUUAAUUCUUCUCUAUGGCGAAAAACCAUCCUGCAGAUUAGUCAUGUUGACCCUGCAGUCUACCACGCUGCUAUCAUGCUUGGCUCGAUUCACGAAGACUCUAUCGAGAAUCGGAUGCGUUUAUCAGGAGAAAAUCUCCUCCAGGCUCGCCAUCGCUUCGCAUUUGAACAAGCUUCUCGAGCCUAUUCCUUUCUCGCAAAACGUCAGGCCUCACAGGAUCCCCAGCUACUGGAGGUAGUGCCGCCCAUCACCUGCAGAGAGGCUGAAGAAUACCGGCUGCAAACAAGUCACCAACGAUCACUCUUGGACAACACGUUAAUUGGAGCCUUCCAAAUGCUCGAUGCUGAGUCCUCCCAUUUCGGUUCCGGUGCACCGUUUAUCACUGCAAGGAAUGACCUCAACCAGGAGUGGCUUGAUCAAAAGGUCUUUUCUCGGGGUUUUGGAACUGUGUCAGACGUGUAUCAGAGCUUGACCAUGCUCAUGAACGAGGGUAUUCCUUUCCUUGCCAGGUGCUGGCCACUUUCCAGGAGUGAGGCUACAGCAUCCUACGGCGAGCUUAGCAAUCGGCAGCAGCAACUCCUAUCAUUUUACUUUCGGUUUCAAGAACAAUUUCAGAUGUUUAAGAGCCUCUUCUACGACAACAUUGGCCAUCUCGAACAACGAGCAGUUGAUCUCCUUCAGAUACAAUAUCUCGGUCAAGUACUGAGUCUCAAGACCUGUCUCAUAAAAGGCCCGAUACCUACAGGUUUGACUCCAGAGUAUUUGACCCUGCUAUCCGCCCACGAGUUAUUCCUCGGCAAGUUCUCGGAACUCUCAAGCUUCAUAUUAGAUUACGGAAUCAUCCCGGGGUUGUGGGUGAUAGCCUCAGAGUGCCCACUAUAUUCGGUGCGCAUUCGGGCAAUCAAGAUGCUGCAAUCUUGGCCGCAUGCCGAGGUGUUUAAGAAUUCUAAUACGGCCGCUUCAUUGGCACUAGAGAUUAUCAAGAAGGAGCUACAGGCGGAAGAUGGGCUAGCUAUGUCCAUCACCGAUGAAUAUACUGACAAGGAGUUGACCCAUUUCCUCUUCGAUACGCUGAGUUCUACGCAGGAUUCGGAAAAUUGGUCGUUUAUCCGCGCUUACAACGUACUCGAACGAUAG